AUGGACAAAGGCGAUCUGUGGCAUGGACUCAAGUUUCUGACUUGGAGCCACGGUCCUGAGGUGGAGCAACACGGUCAUCGCCAACUUCAUUUUAUCCUGAAGAGCUUAACUGCAGACAUCGCUGCCAGAGAAGAGUGCAGGCCGUCCCUGAUUCACGACGGCUCACUUAAACCUGUUCGCCUCUGCACGACGGGCCUCGCCGUCCUCCGGCUGCACCGCCACGGCGCGCUGAGGUUCCGGCCUCCUGCGCGCGGGCGACGCUCCGCCUCAGCACGCCCCGCCAAUCGUGUGUCCAUUUCCGCAGAGAUGCGGCCUCGCCGCGUGGCCAGGCGGGUCCGAACUCCCGCCUCGGCCUUCCAGAUGGCCGGGGCCGCGGGAGCGAGCCGCCGGCCCGGCAGCACUUCCGACCGCAGGCGUCUCCGACUCACGACGCGGGCGUGCACGCAGCCCCCCGCGGGGCGAGGAGCCGCGGCGAUGCCUCGGGGCGCUGCUAAGACGCCCCCGCACGCGGAAAACCGGCCGGCGGACUCGGAGACGGCACCGAGCGCCCGAGGAUGCCCGAGAUAUGGUGACUCUUCCCCAAAACAUAAUCUGGUAAAUUGCUUCUGUAUUUUAUUGACAGCUGACAUCAUUUCAACCGUUGAGUUUAAUUGCUCGGGAGAUCUUCUUGCAACAGGAGACAAGGGCGGCAGAGUUGUUAUUUUUCAGCGGGAACAAGAGAACAAAAGCCGCCCUCAUCCUAGGGGAGAAUAUAACGUUUAUAGCACCUUUCAAAGUCAUGAGCCAGAGUUUGACUAUUUGAAAAGUCUGGAAAUUGAGGAAAAAAUUAAUAAAAUUAGGUGGUUACCACAACAGAAUGCUGCUCAUUUUCUACUUUCUACAAAUGAUAAAACUAUAAAAUUAUGGAAAAUAAGUGAGCGGGAUAAAAGAGCAGAAGGUUAUAACUUGAAAGAUGAAGAUGGACGACUUCGAGAUCCAUUUAGAAUUACAGCACUACGGGUCCCAAUAUUGAAGCCCAUGGACCUUAUGGUAGAAGCAAGUCCACGACGAAUUUUUGCAAAUGCUCACACAUAUCAUAUAAAUUCCAUUUCAGUAAAUAGUGAUCAUGAAACAUAUCUUUCUGCAGAUGACCUGAGAAUUAAUUUAUGGCAUUUAGAAAUCACAGAUAGAAGUUUUAACAUCGUAGACAUCAAGCCUGCUAACAUGGAGGAGCUGACAGAAGUCAUUACCGCAGCUGAGUUCCACCCACACCAGUGCAACGUGUUCGUCUACAGCAGCAGCAAAGGAACCAUCCGCCUGUGUGACAUGCGCUCCUCAGCUCUGUGCGACAGACAUUCUAAGUUUUUUGAAGAGCCUGAAGAUCCCAGCAGUAGAUCCUUCUUCUCAGAAAUAAUUUCUUCUAUAUCCGACGUGAAAUUCAGUCACAGUGGUCGGUACAUGAUGACCAGAGACUACCUGUCAGUGAAGGUGUGGGACCUCAACAUGGAGAGCAGGCCGGUGGAGACCCACCAGGUUCACGAGUACCUGAGAAGCAAGCUGUGUUCUCUGUAUGAAAAUGACUGCAUUUUUGACAAGUUUGAGUGUUGCUGGAACGGUUCGGAUAGGUAAGGCCCUGGGCGUUAAGGCGAGCAGUCACUCAGCCCGCUGGUUUCCCUCAGUGUCCUCGGGCGUGCAAGGUCAGCGAGGGAGGUGGGAUGUAGUCCAGAACUGCAGAGGAAGAAUGCGGAUAGGAUUUUGUUUUCCAGGCCUUUUGUUUGUUUGUGUGCUUGAUGAUGGUCUCAAAGACAGCAGGAUGUCUGCGUCUGUUUCUCACCUAGCUUGCAGUUUCAUUUAUAUUUAGAUGGUAGCACUGGCAUGUGUUGGUUAUUUAUAAGAUACUUACCGAGUGAUGGUUCACUGUUUUUUAUUAAGCCCAAGAUCAGUGAAGAGGAAAGAAGUGGGAAAGUUAUUGGCCUUACGAGAAUGGCCACUUUUCUGUGUGCCUUUCCCUUGGAGAGAAGUAGAGGAAAAUGCCCCCGGAAGUCAUUACCUGCCAUGCUUGGACUGGUCUGAAGCUGUUUUAAUUUAUGAGAUGGCUCUGGUACCUUGAUCAUGUGUUUUGUACACAUUUUCAAGGAUGAAAUUACUGACCGGGCGCGGUGGCUGAAGCCUGUAAUCCCCGCACUUUGAAGGCCUGAGUUUAGGAGAUUGCAUGAGCCCGCAGGU